UAAAUGGUGAAUGAGGGAUCUAUCUGCAGACUUGAUGAAUGUUCCUGUAUUAUGUGACAUAAAGUGAGGUAUACAGCCAUGAAGUAAAGGAACCAGCACAUUGCUCCCAAAAAGCCUCUGAUUCUCACAAAAAAGAUUAGAACAAGAAAUUCUGAAAAAAGACGGCUAUUCAGAAUCUCCUAAAGUGAAGAACCUAAAGGAUCUGAAGGAAGAAGAAUGGCGUGGAUGAAGAAAUUAGGCCGUGCGAGUGUGAUAGCUGCUGCAGGAGGGGCCAUCACUGGGUACAUUGUGGCCAAUGAUAAAAAGAAGACAGCCCUGGCCUCAUGGACGACUGGACACACCCCAUCAGUCAAGUGGGAUUGGAACUGGGAUAGAAGAGAAAUCCAUAGUCUGGUGAAGCCGUCCAAACAUAAGAGUGAUGUGAACAAUAACAUUCUCAAUGACAAUUUCGAGGACCGCAUGGAGAAAGUUCGACCGACAGUGACAGCCACGCGUCACAUAAUCUUCAUUCGUCACGGACAGUACAACCUUGAAGGAGCUAAAGACUCUGAUCGGUAUCUCACGAAGUUAGGUCGUGAACAAGCUGCAUUAACUGGAGAGCGCCUUAAAUGCCUUGAAUUACCAUUUUCACGUGUUGUCUUCUCUACUAUGACCCGGGCUACAGAAACAGCGAAUAUAAUCAUGGAAAAGUUGAGUGGUGUAGAGGAGGUGGAAAGCUGUGAUCUGCUAAGGGAAGGGGCACCCAUUCCCCCCGAGCCACCCAUUGGUAGCUGGAAGCCAGAAAUGCACAAGUUUUAUGCUGACGGUGCCCGUAUUGAAGCUGCCUUUAGGAAGUAUGUUCAUCGUGCUCCAUCAUCUCAGGAAAAGGACAGCUAUGAAUUGUUCGUGUGUCAUGCCAAUGUCAUCAGAUAUUUCGUGUGCAGAGCCUUGCAACUUCCCCCUGAAGCCUGGUUACGGAUGACCUUAUACAAUGGAAGUAUAACACACCUUGUUAUUCGUCCUGAUGGCAGGGUUGGACUUUGGCAGCUGGGUGACUGUGGUUACAUGCCACCAGAAAAGCUUUCUCGAACAUAAGUAUUUCUCUUCAAAAGGCUAUUACUAUUGAACCUAGUAGCUAGCUGAACAAAAAGUGAUUUUCUCAUGAAAUUUUAAGAACUUCAGUUCACACAAAAUAUGUGAUCAAAUCCAUUUGCACGUCAAAAAUGCGUUCAAGUUUUAUUAAUUACACACAAAGUAGUACAGUACAUCGAAUUACUGGUCUCCUGCGCCUUGGAAGUGACAUAAGACCAAACAUGAGAAAUGUAACAAAAUAAUUACAAGAGAGUGAACAUAAGAUAUGUAAGGUAAAAGUGAUAGUGCUCUACACCAGUGUGUCACGCAUAAAUUAAAUAUCGGUGUCUUUUCUGAUAGGUUUGCAUUGAACUAAAACUCUAGUUUGUUCACUAAAAUAUUCUUGUUUACUAAUCAUGUGUUAAAGAUGCUACGAUACCACGUUUAAUUACUGUCAACAUGUUUAAGUUAUUUUGUAAUUCGUAUAUUUAUAUUGAUCAAAAUUUCUAAUAUUUUGAAUAAAUUCGUAUAUUUAUUUCAUACAGAUUUACUGUACUAUAUGUAUUUACAUUAUGGUAACUGUAUAGAUGUAUUGUACUCAAGUAAAAUUCCAAUUGCCAUAGUCAGAUUACCAAGCUGUAUUGUGUAUUUUAAUGUUAUAUUCAAAAUUAGGCCUUAAUAUGUGUAGUAAAACCCUUUACAAUACUUUUAUUUUAUUCAGUGAGAGUGUAUUAACCAGAGUAGGAGAGGGAGCUAAGUGUAUAUCUUUUAUUGGGAUGCCAAUGCUGACAUGCUAUGCAAGAUGACUGCAGUAAAGUGUUCUUAAAUCUUAGGUCAUUCUUUGUCUUGUGACCAUGUGACAGGUCAAGGAAGGUCAAUGACUACAUUUUGGCAUGUUAAAAUAUAUUGUCUACCCAGUUUAACUGCACAGUUGAUUAGUUUAAUGUCCAUAUAGUAUACAGUUACAGUAUUAACAUUAAAUGUUUAUGAACCUGUUAAUACAACAGUACAGUAUUGUCAUACUACAGUACCUUCCAGCGCAUUUAGGUAAAAAAAAUUAUUUAAGUAUUUGCAGUGAAGUAAACUUUUUCACAUUCUGGAACUAAAGUCUGUCCCAUAUAGUUUGAGUAUGCAAGGUUAUACUGUAGUGGGAGAUGGACUGGAUAGCAAAGCUGUUACACUAGAAUUCCAUCUAUUCUGGAUCAUCCAGUGCAAUAAUUAGUACAGUAAAGUGGCAUAUUACCAAUACAGUGCUGUAUAUGUUGGGGAUCACCUCAAAAACUUUAAGCAUGUUAGUCUCACAAUGGUGUUUUUGACUAUGCUUCAAUAAUCAUAAAAUCUUAAACUUUAUUUUAACUGUAAUAUAUUAUACAGAUUUAUUGGUUAUGACACCCGUAUUUACAAGGUAUCAGAUGUCAUGUUGGUUUAAUAAAGUAAUAAACCUGUAACUGUGUAAACUUGUUAACUUAUGUUGAUGUGACAAUACACUUCAUAUGAUGCUGCCACCCUUGAAUAUAUACUGUACCAGGUAUAUAUUAAUUAAAUUGGUAUAUUUAGGCUGUACAGUAUUCAAAUAGUUUUGAAUAUUCAUAUUUAUACAGUUAAAAUUUUCCCUCAGCAUAUAUCAGAUACUGUUCACUUGUCUGGUACAUAACAGCAAGUUCAAAAGAAUAUUUUUUUGGUAAGCACGAAUAUACAGUUUUACCCCGCUUAACGCACUUUCACUUAACGCGUUUUCGCAUAUACGCGGUGCCUUGCCAAAGCUGAAC